ACUAGCCGGGGGGGAAGCCGAUAUCCUCGUAACGAAAACAAGCGAGCAGCCGAGCCGCGUCUUGCUAAAGCUAGCUCCGCUAUCUUUAACGGCAGUCAGCCCGGUGCUGGGCUGCGAGCUCCCUCAACUUUUUAUCAACAACCAACUUUUGAGAGACACUUCAACUACUGUACAAGACACGCUCUUUUAAAAGUUUAAAGCAAUGGCGUGCGGAGCUACCUUGAAGAGGACCAUGGAUUUCGAUCCACUCAUGAAUCCCGCUACCCCUAAAAGACGAAGAUGCAUUCCCGUGUCUCAAUCGUCGUCCUCCCCCAGGAAGUAUCUAAGCUUGGAGCCCUCACCAUUCGGGGAGUCGUCAUCCAGACUGAGCGCAGAACAAAUCCUUCACAGCAUCAAGCAGGAGUACAAACGCAUACAAAAGAGGAAGCAUCUAGAGGCUGGGGGCUACCAGCCAUCAGAGUGCUGCUGCUCUCCAGAAUCUCCUCCUCCAUCCCAGUCCACAAUGUCAGUGACAUCUUCCGGAGGCGCUUCCCCGUCUAGAAAGGAGCAACCUCUAUUUACCCUCAGACAAGUUGGGAUGAUCUGUGAACGUCUUCUGAAAGAAAGGGAAGAAAAGGUGCGGGAGGAGUAUGAGGAGACCAUGACGUCCAAACUGGCAGAACAAUACGACACCUUUGUGAAGUUCACGCACGACCAGCUCAUGCGAUUCGGGGAACAACCUGCGAGCUAUGUUUCCUGAGCUCACAUGGCGUCCGUCUUUCGUUGCAUACGGAUCGUGUGACAACUCCAGCAAGGAAAAACAAAUACACACACACAAAAACACUCAUCGUUGUGACGAGAUUCAGUUUAGUUGAAAUCAAAGUUUCUUACUGUGCCAUAUUUGUGGUUGGGCAAAUGGUUGUAAACAACCCGGUGCUUCCCGAUGUAAGCGCAACCCCCUCCCCUUAACUUCCUCACCUGUGUGGUUGGUCACAGCUGUGUGUGUGCGCUGACAAUUCUCACACUUUUUGUGACAAUUUCCAGCUUUUACCAGCUUGUUCACUCUUUGGUUUGUUACAUGUAAAUAUGUUGGAACAGCACUGGGUAUGCUGUCAAAAGGAAGCUUAAAGUUGCCCCUCCAUUUAUUCAUUUUUAUAAUUAAGUAGGCCAAAUAGAUUAUUUUCUUCCCUUCCCUGACCAAGUGUUUUAUUUAUUUCCCUUUGUUUUAUUUGUAUAACUUUGAAUCCAUUAUACUUAAUCUGAAAACAAUAAAGGACUUUUAAUUUUAAA